CACACACUCACAUGAUGUUAAAGUUCACAUUGCGCCACAAGGCAAAUGGCAUGUAGGGUCCACUGGUGCAGUCAUGAGCCGUGUCCUCCUCCCCACCGCCACCGUUGACCGUCACGCCGGCCACAUCACACACAUCCGUCCACACCAACAGCAACAGACCACACAGAAAACACAGACGGGCAAAACCCCCGACUGUCUGCCUGAAUGCCUGACUGUCUGACUGAGUGUCUCGAGCUAAUGAAGGGUUAUCUCUGCUAAGGACGGUCGGUUCGUGGCGAUCGAUCGCGGCCUCUCUCAAUCCAUAUGUGAAAUGAGUGCACUCAUCUAUUCGCACAUCAGCGCCAAGUGGCAUCAAUUGUCAAGGCGCCAUCUGUCUAUCUAGAGGCUCUCCUCUCCUGCCUCUCGAUGUCCUGCCUCCGUCUCCCCCUCAGAGCCCUCACCUCAGGCAACACACGCCAUACCUGCCAAGCCAAGCCAACACACAAACAAUACACAGGUGCAUAUGUGUGUCUGCCCACAAACCUGUUUGCACAGUGAGGCGAUGUGUGUGUCGAACAGCCUGGGCUGCCCCGGUGCGAUGACCUCCGCACCCCUGCCCCUCACUCCCAGGAAGUGAUCCAGGAUGGCACACGCAGCGUACGCAUCGAUGCCGCCCUUGGCACCUACACCACACACGAAGGGUAAAGGCUGUGGCCGGCUGUGCCUGUCUGCCUUUCUCACCGCUGAUCCUCAGUGACUUGACGUACUGCGUCGAAAACUGCUCGUUGAAGAAAUACACAGGCACACUCACAUCUUCUUCUCCGGCAGACCCGCCGUCGCCAUCCCGCCGGCCACUUGAUGUGCCACCAGCUGCCGAUGGCCGGACAGAGGCCAGCCUCGACAGGCGUGACACGGCAGCCGCCGUGCGCUGCGAGCUGGCGCCUCUCAUCGCCUCUCGUGCUGCCUUUCUCCGCCGCAGAGAGGCGAGAGCUGCAACUCCACUGCUGCCGUCCUUGGCAGCUGGUGUGCCGUCGUUGUCUGCUGCUGCCCUCGAGGGACCGACGGGCGCCGCUUGAGAAGCGAUUGCGUCCUUGAGUGCGUGGCAGAAGUCGCGGAAGAUCAUGGUGAGGAAGUCAUAGUCACCGAGAUAGGCCAACCUACACCCACACAGCACAGACAGACAGACCGACAGACAGACAUGUGGAAGUCGUGCAUACGCCUGGCUGAGCGCACCACACACACCUGGGGUUCCUCUGCACCGGUUUGCCGACCACGACGCACUCAAUGCGGUUGUCCCGCACAAUCCUGGCAAUCACUUCGGUCACACGGGUCACGUUGCCGUCGUUGGGCAGCACAGCCAUGGGCUCGGGGCUGUCCAGGCGACUCGACACCAUCGCAAGACCGAUCUUGCGAAGCCCGUAGUCCACACACAAUAGCCGCUCGAACGACGCGACGUCGACGCCGGACUCACCCACUGUUGGAAAGGCUCCUCUCCGAGUUGCAGUCAUGACCAGAGAAGUUGUUUUGGAUGGCCGCCGGCGAGUCACCUUCCUGUGGAUCUUGAUGAAUGGCGAUGGAUGAAUGCGUUGGCAUCCGACCCACGAGAGUGCGUGUGGCCGAUUUGAGGCGUCUGCUGUCCUCUGCAUCCCCGGCUUCAUCUUCAUCAACGGUGCUUUCUGUGUCCGAUAUCUGUCGAUCCCAGCGAAUGCCGUUGCCGACACCAUGUCUGCGAGAGCACCAGUAACGAGAAACAGCCCUCUUAUGGCUUCAAG